GGGUGCAAGUGUAAAUGUGUCAUUUUCACAUUUUCAUAGUAGUACAAAACAUAUCAAAAUUCAACUAGUUCGUAGGUUUCCCAUAGUUUGCUUCCUAUGUCGACGAUUCUUGAUUCACUCGCCUUCUCUUCUUCCCUUUUUUCCUCUAAUAAUCUCCGCCCAUCGCCACCGUGUUCCGCCACAUGGCACCGCCGUUCCUCUCUCAAAUUCACCGGUUUUUCAAGAUCCUAUACAACAACAACAACAAAUGAUUUUAAUAAUAAUAAAGUUUCAUUUGUAUCUUCUUCUUCUUCUUCCAGAUUUUGUCGCCAUAUAAGUAGUGUUUCUGGUGAAGCUUCUGAUAUCGCUUUCGAUGUUCCUACCGUGACAGAAGAAACAUGGGAUUCGCUUGUUCUCAACGCUACUGAACCUGUGGUGGUCGAGUUUUGGGCUCCCUGGUGUGGACCAUGUCGCAUGUUCCAUCCAGUAAUCAGUGAACUGGCAAAGCAAUAUGUAGGAAGAGCAAGGUGCCUCAAAUUGAAUACCGAUGACAGUCCUUCUGUAGCAUCCAGAUAUGGAAUCCGAAGCAUCCCAACAAUCAUGAUCUUCGUUAACGGAGAGAAGAAAGAUGCUAUCAUUGGUGCUGUACCAAAAACCAGUCUAACUGCCAGCAUAGACAAAUACUUGUAGAAGCUGUUGAAUGGUAAGCCAAAGGUACACUUGGUUUUGUUGUCAUAGUGAUACUAGAUUUUCCUUUCCUGUUAUAGUAUCACUAUCUGUUAACCCUCAAGAUGUUGAAUGGAUCCUGUACUAGAUUUCAGUCAAUUAUAUGAAGUCCAUUGUUUUUUGUUUUCUGGUC